UCAACACCUGAGGAAAGAAAAUAAUGAAGAAAUUGAUGGAAAAAAAACAUCACUCUUAAUUUCUCUAUAACUUUUUUUGGGUUUUAGGUUAAGGGCAACAUUGUCGACAUCUACCCCAUCAUCUCUAUAUAUACUCACUUCUCACAAUCAUGUUUCUCACCUUAUCUUUUUAUUUUUCCAAUUUUCUAUAUGAUAUUAUGUUUGAUUGUAAAGUACCACCACCAAUAGCUACUACUUCCUAACUAUAUAGUUUUUCUUAAUAAUUAAUCCCCUAUUUCUAAUUAGUCACGUACUAUAGUAUACUACUUAGUAAAUAUUAAUAUUGUUCUUUUUCUUCUUCUUUUCCUUUUACACUCGUUAUGCCUUCACUCUCCGAAGUUUAUAGAGCUCAUCCAGUCCACGUUCAUCACAAGAACCUUGAUUUCAAUUCACUACAAGAACUACCUGAAUCUUACACAUGGACACACCUUGAUGAUCAUACAGUUAUUAAUUCUAAUAAUAUUAUGAAGGAGAGUAAUAGUAGUGUCCCCGUUAUUGAUCUCAAUGAUCCAAAUGCUUCAAAGCUAAUAGGACAUGCAUGCAAAACAUGGGGUGUGUACCAAAUUGUGAACCAUGGAAUCCCUAUAAGCCUUCUUGAUGACAUUCAAUGGGUUGGUCAAACACUCUUCUCACUUCCUCCUCACCAAAAACUCAAAGCACUUCGUUCCCCGGAUGGUGUUUCCGGCUAUGGCCUUGCUCGGAUAUCCUCCUUCUUCCCCAAACUCAUGUGGUCUGAGGGCUUCACCAUCGUCGGGUCCCCUUUUGAACAUUUUCGUCAACUUUGGCCACAAGAUUAUGCGAAAUAUUGUGAUAUUGUCUUGCAAUAUGAGGAAACCAUGAAAAAGCUAGCGGGGAAAUUAAUGUGGCUCAUGUUGGACUCUCUUGGUAUUACUAAGGAAGAUAUCAAAUGGGCCGGCUCAAAAGCCCAAUUUGAAAAAGGUUGUGCAGCCAUCCAAUUGAACUCCUACCCUAGUUGUCCGGAUCCGGAUCGGGCCAUGGGCCUCGCCCCGCACACGGACUCGACAUUUUUAACUAUUCUUUCUCAAAACGACAUAAGUGGGUUGCAAGUUCAACGAGAAGGUAUCGGUUGGGUCACGGUGCCCCCACUCCACGGUGGACUCGUGGUGAAUGUGGGUGACCUCUUCCACAUUCUAUCAAACGGAUUGUACCCGAGCGUGCUCCAUCGGGUUUUAGUGAAUCGGACCCGUCAAAGGUUCUCAGUAGCUUAUCUAUAUGGUCCCCCGUCCAAUGUAGAAAUUUGUCCACAUACAAAAUUAGUAGGCCCAACACAACCUCCCCUUUAUAGGUCGGUGACAUGGAAUGAAUAUCUUGGCACAAAAGCAAAGCAUUUCAACAAAGCCCUCUCAUAUGUUAGGAUUUGUGCAACUAUUAACGGUUUGUUUGAUCUAAACGAGUCGACAAAAAGUAGUGGGCUAGAUAGAUUUUGAACAUUUUCGUUCCUUCUUUAUUGCACGGUUUAUUUUGUACGAAACAUUAAAAGCCAAAAAGGCAAGGGAAAUGAAACAAAAGUUAGCUAUUUUUCAAUUUUGAA